CAUUCAAUCGUUAAAAUAGCACUGUCUGUCAGACAGUUGUCAAAUUGACUUGCGUGUUUGUGUCGUGAGAGGAUUUAUUUGUUUCUUUUCCAUUAUCUUAAUAAAAGUUUAUAUGCCAAAAUGAUCAUUCCCGUGCGUUGCUUUACCUGUGGGAAAGUUAUUGGCAACAAGUGGGAGGCAUACCUUGGGCUCCUACAGGCAGAAUACACAGAAGGUGACGCCCUGGACGCCCUCGGCCUGAAGAGGUACUGUUGCAGACGAAUGCUGCUAGGCCACGUGGAUCUGAUCGAAAAACUUCUCAACUACGCGCCCUUGGAGAAAUAGUAAUUUGUUUAAUUAUGUUAUUAGUUUUAAAAUUUAAUUUAAGGACAUGAAAUAUAUUUUUAAGGCAA